AUGUUAGGAAGAUUAAGAGAUGACAUGAAGUACUCUGGCCUCGAUGAGGAGCAAGACGAGAGAUCCUUCUACUAUGGUGGAGCCUCCGUACCAUUCGUAUGGGAGUCAAGGCCAGGUACACCCAAACACAAUCACUUUUCCGAGUUCUCUCUUCCCCCGCCACUCACGCCGCCUCCGUCUUAUUACUCCUCCGGGAUUUUGUCGACGCCAAAGAGACAGAACAAGGUGCGAGCAAAACUAACUAGAAUCAUGUCGACGUCUCUGUUCCAUGACCUCAAGAAGGCCAGUAACAGUAGAAAGACGACGACCGACUAUAUUUCUGGGUCUACGUCUUCUUCAUCCUCGUUUUCCUCGUCACCACAUUCUUUGAGAAAACCAGUGAGUCAUGUUACAAAGAGCAUGAGUUUAGGUCGUCACCGACCUUGA